AUGGACUACCGAAGGCUAAACGCAGACAGUCAUCCCCAGCAUCACCCACUGCCUCUGAUAGACGACUUGGUGGAUCAGUUGACUGAAGCGCAGUUCUUCUCCACGGUUGACUUGAAAUACGGCUACUAUAAAAUGCCCAUGCGUCGUGAAUAUGCGGCCAAGACUGCCUUCGCCACGCCGGACGGUCAGUAUAAAUGGGCUGGUCAGGGCACCCCGUUUAGCCUGUCGGGAGCCAAGGUGACCUUUCAGCGUCUGAUGUCAGCAAUUCUAGGUGAACUCAAUUGCACGGCUGCGCUAUGCUACUUAGACCACGUGCUGGUAUGGGGGCACAGAAAGCUGGACGGAGCACAACAGCCGGUUGCGGGAGGUGCUCAGGAAACUCAGGUCGGCUGGUGUACUGCUGAACCCCGACAAAUGCUGUUUCGGAGACUUAGACAGAAUCGGUUCACACUUUCAGAGGACUUGUGCAGCUUUUUGUUUGUGCUGCCACUCACUGCUGAUUGGGCGAAUGGUUACACUUCUGUUGACCAGAAUGUUCUUGACUACGUCACCAAUAACCUAAUCCAAGUUGACCUCUCAAUAUCGCAUAUAACCAGGUCCAGAGUCAGUGCUAAUGUCUCAAUGAGCAACAUCAGCAGCAUAAGCAAAUGGUGUGUUAACUACACCCGCACUCACCUGGCAGGUGUUUCAUCACUCGGUGCAACCAAGACAAUCUGCACGAACAACAUCACUGGCACUCUGGAUAUCACAUCUAUCGAUACAAAGGCGACUUAUUCCUUAUUUGCUUAUGGCUUGGGUCCUGGUGACAGCAUCAAAUACUGCAAGUCACCCUCCACAACAAUCCUUCCAUCAGAGCCUCCCCAAAUCGUGAAUUUACCCGUACAGCUACGGGUAAACCAGUAUUCUUCAGCAACAGUCACUUGCGAUGCGAGUGGUGCACCAGCUCCAACCCUGACAUGGCUGUACAAUGGAGCCAUUCUCUCUACAUCAGCAGCAUUGACCAUCACCGAAGAAACCUUCACCAACGACAAUAUCACUCAGAGAGGAAGCCAAGGGAAAAGAUCUGUUCUACUUCUCCACAAUGUUACUUACGUCAACAACAAAGGACCCUACACAUGCCUUGCAGCAAAUUUUAGAGCUCCAGAUGCAACUUCCUCAGCCGAUCUCAAGAUAUUCGUUCCACCUAGUGAAGUGAGACCACCUCUAGAUGUUAGCUCAUCAGAAACAGCAACAGCUCGAUUUGACUGCAACAUGUACGCGAUCCCAGCAGCUCGAAUAACAUGGUACAAGGAUGGAAAGCUGCUGUAUGCAUCCGGAGAUAUACAGCUUUCAACAGACAACGCAACUUUGUUGAUAAGCAAUCUUGAGUACAGUGAUCGUGGUCAGUACCAUUGCAUGGCAGAGAAUCGAGAUGCUGUAAACUUCACUCUUGGUGGUAUGGUCCAGGGUUCUGCAGCCACACUGCUAGUGUACGUUCCAUCAGAGCCUCCCCAAAUCGUGAAUUUACCCGUACAGCUACGUGUAAACCAGUAUUCUUCAGCAACAGUCACUUGCGAUGCGAGUGGUGCACCAGCUCCAACCCUGACAUGGCUGUACAAUGGAGCCAUUCUCUCUACAUCAGCAGCAUUGACCAUCACCGAAGAAACCUUCACCAACGACAAUAUCACUCAGAGAGGAAGCCAAGGGAAAAGAUCUGUUCUACUUCUCCACAAUGUUACUUACGUCAACAACAAAGGACCCUACACAUGCCUUGCAGCAAAUUUUAGAGCUCCAGAUGCAACUUCCUCAGCCGAUCUCAAGAUAUUCGUUCCACCUAGUGAAGUGAGACCACCUCUAGAUGUUAGCUCAUCAGAAACAGCAACAGCUCGAUUUGACUGCAACAUGUACGCGAUCCCAGCAGCUCGAAUAACAUGGUACAAGGAUGGAAAGCUGCUGUAUGCAUCCGGAGAUAUACAGCUUUCAACAGACAACGCAACUUUGUUGAUAAGCAAUCUUGAGUACAGUGAUCGUGGUCAGUACCAUUGCAUGGCAGAGAAUCGAGAUGCUGUAAACUUCACUCUUGGUGGUAUGGUCCAGGGUUCUGCAGCCACACUGCUAGUGUACGUUCAACCUCGUAUAACCACUGGACCAAGCGAUAAAGUCUUGAAUGAAGGGACAUCGUCCGCAUUGCGCUGCACGUCAUAUGGAUAUCCCAAACCAGUGAUGCAAUGGUUACAUGGUGGUGUACAACUUCCGGCUAUGCGGAGCACUACAGCAAUAACAAAGGCUGGUAAUGGCACUGUCCCUGCAUCCUACACCAGCACACUGACUGUCUCUAAUAUCGUGUAUGCAGAUCGUGGCCAGUACACCUGUGUCAGUAGGGUGGACAAGACUGGAUUUGCUGAUAGCAGUCACUUGCAGGGCUCAGUCACUGCAUCAGCUACAGUCAAAGUCUACAUUCCACCUAGUGAAGUGAGACCCCCUCUAGAUGUUAGGUCAUCAGAAACAGCAACAGCUCGAUUUGACUGCAACAUGUAUGCGGUCCCAGCAGCUCGAAUAACAUGGUACAAGGAUGCGAAACUGCUGCAUCCAUCCGGAGAUAUUCAGUUUUCAACAGACAACUCAACUUUGUUGAUAAGCAAUCUGGAGUACAGUGAUCGUGGUCAGUACCAUUGCAUGGCAGAGAAUCGAGAUGGUGUAAACUUUACUCUUGGUAGUAUGGUCCAGGGUUCUGCAGCCACACUGCUCGUGUAUGUUCAACCUCGUAUCACCAGUGAACCCAGUGAUAAAGUCUUGAAUGAAGGGACAUCUUCAGCACUGCGCUGCACCUCAUAUGGAUAUCCUAUGCCAGUCAUACAAUGGUUACAUGGCGGUGUACAACUCCCGGCUAUGCGGAGCACCACAGCAAUAACAACGGCUGGCAAUGACACUGUCCCUGCAUCCCACACCAGCACACUGACAGUCUCCAAUAUCAUGUAUGGAGAUCGUGGCCAGUACACCUGUGUCAGUAGGGUGGACAAGACCGGAUUUGCUGAUACCAGUCAAUUGCAAGGCUCAGUCAGUGCUUCAGCUACAGUCAAAGUCUACAUUCCACCAAUGGUGCUAACGCCAACAUUGAAUCAGGCAGUAUUGGCAGGACAGACGGUUGAAUUCACAUGCAAUGUGUAUGGUAUUCCUAAACCAAGAGUAACCUGGUUUGCUAAUGGGCUGAUUCUACAGAAGGAUGACCUUGUUGGACGCAUCUCUUUCCACAAAGGCGAUCACAUCUUGACAAUCUACACAACAAAGGUUACAGACCCUGACACUUAUCAGUGUGAAGCCAGUAACAAAGAUCAGUAUGCUGGUGGAGUGGUCACAGCCAAUCAAGUGAAGUUGAAUGUCAAAAUCGCACCUGUUAUCAACCCUCCCAUACCCAAGACUCUGUUGUCAUUUGAAGGUUCAUCGCUAACAGUUCCAUGUACAUACACUGGUCAUCCGCAACCAAAGCCAAGCUGGUGUAGGUUGGAUAACAAUGGCAACUGCGUUAAGUCUGUGCCGAGCAGUAACUGUCCGGAUUUCACGCCAAUGGAUGAUGGCCAGUUCACAUAUAUCCUGGUCAUAUCAAAUCUUCAAAGCUGUCACAGUGGUGGCUAUCAAUGUUCUGUGAACAAUACAGUAGAUAAGGCCACAGGGCAGUUUCAACUGACCGUGCAAGGUGUGGCCCGUAUUGGCUUGCAGGGUAUUUUCACUUUGCCAAGUGGAUAUCUGGGUGGAACUGAGGACGAAAUCAAGGGUCUUUUCAAACCACAGAUUGUCGACUACAUAAUUCCGGGAAGACUUGUUAAAAUAGUUCAUUCCUCAUAUCAGGCUGUUGGACAGAGCUCUACUGAAAUCACUGUACGGUGCGAUAUGACCGCUCCAGCUGGUUACAUAGCAGAGAUAUCGGGCAACAGCAGUGAAGCAAACCUAAAUGCCAACUUUACCUCCGCCCUGCAAAACUCAGCAUCAACUUUACGCCUAGCGAGAGCAUCUAGUCUGAAGGUGUUUUCUUAUGAUGUUUGCAGUCCAGAAGUAACUGAUGGAGCAAGACGUGGAAUGUUUUACUGGACCGAGACUUUUGCAAAUGAACUAGAAACACAUCUGUGCCCAGUGGAACUGACUGAUGGUAUUAUCCGCUAUGCAACCCGUCGGUGUAUACCCACGUCACGCCCUCACGAUGUAUCCUUGGUGAUGGCAACAUGGCAAAAACCAGAUAUCGCAGAUUGUCCAACUCCAGGUACAGCAAAGCUACAGAAACUUUCAAAGGUUGAUUUCAACACCAGCGAACCGCAAUCGGUUCUGAGCAGCUCACUCUCUGUCGCUAACUUAACUAACAACAGUGCUGAGCUGACAAGCGAUGACAUCGAUUUUGCCUCGACAGCUAUCUUCAAUCUGGUCACGGCUGUCAGUAAGGAUGAGGUGUUCAACCAAUCCAUAGGGCAAAAGAUUGCUGUGUCAAUACUGGACACUGUCGACAACAUUCUGCAAGUGAAUACCAAUGAAACUGUGGUAGCAGCAUCACCAGCAAAAAGGAUUGCAAAGGCAAUGGAGCGACUUGUGACAUCACUGGUUGUAGAGACUGAUCAGCCCUUCCAGGAGCAAAAGGAGAAUAUUGGAUUUGCAAUCAGCUGCCCAAAGGAGAAUGCAACAGACCAAGCAUUCCGUUCAGCGGGACAGACCAAAGAUGGACGUUUUUAUGUUGGAGACGUAGAUGUACCCGCUUCCGCGAGCACUACUGGUGUCUCAUUUGACAUAGCUGGAAGCACUGUAGCUGCCGCAACAGAGUUACUAUCUCUGGGAAAUGACUCACUUUGCAAUGUGGCACCAACACGCUACAUUUUGUACAAAACUCAAACUCUGUUCCGAGAUUCCAAUCUGAGUGCAAACACAUCUGUUCAAUCAGAGAUUAUCAGCGCUCAAGUUGGAGAGGAACGUCUGGAGAAUCUUCAGCAGCCAGCAAUCAUGUCGUUUGAUUUAUUGGGUUUAACACCUGUUGAUUCCGCUGGUGAAGCCAUAUGCGUUUUCUGGGACUUCGACAAAGAUGAUGGCAAUGGAGGAUGGAGUGACUGGAACUGCACUACUUUCCGUGAUGAGACAACGGGGAACAGAACAGUUUGCCAGUGUGGUCACCUCACCAACUUUGCCGUCCUAUUUACUCGUCACAUUUCAGCAAAGGACUCCACGGCCGAGGCAGCACUUAAAUACAUAUCCAUCAUAGGCUGUGGGAUAUCUAUGCUUGGACUUCUCACAACCCUGGUCCUGAUUCUGGCUAUCCGGAAACUUCGUGACAGUGUCCAUCAUCGGAUGAUAUUUGGACUUUGUUCAACUCUUCUACUAUUCCUGGCCAUAUUCACCGUCGUUCUAUACCAUGAACAUUUAGCCAAGAGCACUGCUGUGUGCCAGGGCCUGGCAAUGGCCAUGCACUAUCUUCUUCUGUGCGCGUUCAUGUGGAUGUCGGUGGAUGCCACGAUGCUCUACAAGAGGGUAGUGAUAGUGUUUGACCAGCCCGGGCGUUUGAAGCAAAGACUUCUAUGCAUAUCUGUUUUUGUGAUUCCGCUGGUUAUCGUUGGAGUUGCAGGCGGUGUUACCAGACUGGAUAUGUACGGAAGUGACAACUUAUGCUGGAUCAAGGCGGAUGCUGCUUUCUUUGGAAGUUUAGUUGCACCUAUGGCCGUCUCCCUUCUCUACAACGCUGGUGUUCUCAUUGCCGUCGUCCAUUCACUUCGCUCUCGAAACAAAAAGAUUGGAGCGGUGAAGACAGCGAAGUCAAAGGAUGUGUCUGUGCUCAGAAUUAUCGUGUCAUUGUCCGUUCUUCUCGGACUCACCUGGUUCUUUGGUUUUUUAGUUCUUUUUCGUGAGCAGAUCGUCUUUCAGUAUAUCUUCACGGUUCUAAAUUCUCUGCAAGGUUUUGCUAUUUUUCUCCACACAAUCAGAGGACAGGAAGCCAAAAAGCAUAUUUCAGAAAUGUUCUCUUCGACGAAGCGCGCCACAGACACCCAAAGCGGAAAGCCAGCAUCCCGACCUAAGCACGUGGCCUCCGAAAACCUCGACAAUUUGGAAAAAAGUUACAGGGAGCCACGGUACAAUGCUUUCAACACUGGACCGAACUACAGGAGAGGUGAGUGCAGUGGCCACCCAGGAUCGAGCGACGUGUAGUGGAACUCUUCAGACUAUAAACAUACGAUUAUAGUCAGUGCGUGUUACUCACUGGGUAACCUGCAUUCAUGCUUGUGUGGUUUGAAUGAAUUAAUCUUCAUUUUUCAUUUGCAAGUUUAUUGUUAGCACACGCAUUCGUUAUUGCUCUCGCUUUCAUUGUUAAAAUUCACACUUGUAAAUUUCACUGCUCUUGUUCUUAGUGUUAUUUCUCUAACUUAGAAUUUCUUUAAUAGUUCAAUUUUGUUUUCAGUGUCCUUUAGUACAACGGCGAUUCCUGAUGAGUGUUGUACGAAAACUUGUUUGAAUCCUUAUUUUCUCUACACUAUUUCUUCAUAUUUUCAUCGUUUCAUUGCACAUUGUCUCCACAAUUUUACAUUGCAUGACUAACGUGUACACAAAUGUCGAUUCAGCUUGUCUUAUUGAUGGCGGUUGUUAAUGUAAAAGUCUCUUUCUAUUUUCCACACGAGAUUUUAUCUGUUUGGGUUUCUGCUUCUCUCCCUUUUUUUUCAAGAAUGCGUUUGACCGGUUUUUCAUACGAGCGUGGCACCCCUUUCUAUUCCAGUGUCUGGCAUUUGGACCAGUAUUUUCAUUUGAUCUUCAGUACAUUGUUUCGCGUAUCCUAACUAUUAAAUUGGGAUACCUGCGCUGCAUUCGAUAUGCAUUACUCUUCUAAUAUCAAUUUGUUGUGGAUUUGCAAUCCAGACGUUCCACUCAAUGCAGUCAA